UGGCAAGCAGGCAGACGCUGCAGUACUCAGUGCACGGUGAACAGAGGCUGUCUUACAGUUUGACACUGAACUGGACCAAUUACAUCUGCAAAAAUGGUGGAUGCUUUCUGUGCUACAUGGAAACUGGUGGACAGCCAGAACUUUGAUGACUACAUGAAGGCACUUGGUGUUGGUUUUGCCACAAGACAAGUGGGCAACAUCACCAAACCAACAGUACUGAUCAGCCAGGAUGGGGACAAAGUGGUGGUGAAAACCCUGAGCACCUUCAGGAACACUGAGAUCGCCGCUAAACUGGGAGAGGAGUUUGAUGAGACCACACCUGAUGACCGGCAUGUCAAAUCCACCUUCACCAUGGAAGGAGACAAACUUGUGCAGGUGCAGAAGUGGGAUGGCAAGGAGACCAAAUUUGUCCGAGAAAUCAAGGAUGGGAAGAUGGUGGCGACUUUGACUUAUGAGGGAGUCAGUGCCGUCCGCACGUACGAGAAAGUCUAACUUUACUCCUCCACUUGAAUGAGCAAAUCCUCCCUGCACUGCAAACGUUCAACAAGGUGUUCUCUGUUUUUUAACAAAUGUUUUUUGCUUCUUUUUUUUUUACAGUGUGCAGUGAUUUGCACUUGAUUUGCUGUUGUAACAUGAGGUAAAUAUUUUGGGGCAUUUUUUGUAAGAUCUUUUGUAAGAAAUUCAGACUGUGAAGGGCCUAAAAGUUGUUUCAUCACAUGUGAAAAAGGGAAAAAUAAACUACUUGACUAAACCUUC